UUGGCUCAGAGACUGCCCGCAGGCCAAUUUGUAAGUGGUUUGCGGAGCUGCCAAUCAAAGCAGACAUCCUCUCCUCAGGCUGUGUGGCGACGGAACAUCUCAGUUGCUGUGUGGAGAGAUUUGACGGAGGGACACUCCUGUACAUGGACCAUCACUGCGCUGCAAUCCGCCGCCGCCUGCUCACACACACGCACACACGCGCGCGCACAUACGCACACAAACACGCACACGCGCACCCUCGCACGCACGCCAUGCCUCGCUGAAAUCAGGACGUACACGGCGAAGAAAACACGCAUGUGAAUAUUUUUAUUUUUGCAUGUCACGAGAGGAGGAACUGGUCGCCGGCUCCGCGGCUGUUUGUCUUUUCUCAUCGCUUAACCCCCCCCCACCCCCGGCUCCCCCCCCCCCCCCCGUAUGUCACUCUAAUUAAUCGGAGGCAUGUGGAAUCGCACCAGGAUUAGGAACCGCUUCCCGAUAGUGUGUCUGCUGUUGACGUUAUGGACGGAGGUGUCCCAGUCAACCGGCUAUUUCGAGCUGCAGCUGAUCACCGUGGCGAAUGUAAACGGCGAGCUGGCGGACGGGGAGUGCUGCGACGGCCCCAGGAGCCCCUCGGACCUGCGCUGCACUCGAGACGAGUGCGACACUUACUUCAAGAUCUGCCUCAAAGAGUUCCAGAUGGAGGUCUCCACCGGCGGCGCGUGCACCUUCGGGGCUGGAUCUACGCAGGUUCUCGGUGGAAAUACGUUUUCUUUUGCGAGCACAACGAAUAACCCGAAUAAAAUCGACGAAGCGCGCAAAAUUCGGAUCCCGUUCCAGUUCGCGUGGCCGCGGAUGUACACGUUGAUUAUAGAGGCCUGGGACUGGGACAACGCCACACGCAACAUUGCGGACGAGCUGCUGAUCGAGCGCGGCGUCCACACUGGCAUGAUCAACCCCGGCGACCAAUGGCAGACCAUCCAGCACGACGGGCCGGUGGCCGGCCUCGUCUACCGCAUCCGAGUCCGCUGCGACGACAACUACUACAGCAACAAGUGCAACAAGCUGUGCGUCCCCCGCGACGACUACUUUGGCCACUAUCGCUGCGAGGCGUCGGGCGCCCGCGUGUGCCUGGACGGCUGGAUGGGCGCCGACUGCCGGAAAGCGAUCUGCAAGCAAGGCUGCAACCUGUUACAUGGCAACUGCUCUGUCCCAGGGGAGUGCAAGUGUAACUACGGCUGGCAGGGCCAGUUCUGCGACGAAUGCGUGCUCUACCCGGGCUGCGUCCACGGGACCUGCAACAGCAAGUGGCAGUGCAACUGCGAGAGGAACUGGGGGGGCCUGCUGUGCGAUAAAGAUCUGAACUACUGCGGUCGCCACCACCCUUGUGUCAACGGAGGGACCUGCAUGAACACGGAACCGGACGAGUUCCACUGCGCCUGCCCUCCAGGGUACUCCGGCAAGACCUGUCAGAUCGCUGAUCACGCCUGUGUUUCCGACCCUUGCGCCAACGGAGGCAGAUGUCACGAGGUUCCCACCGGGUUCGAGUGCCGGUGUCCGCCGGGAUGGGCGGGGCCGACCUGCGCCGACAAUCUGGACGAGUGUGCCUCCAGUCCGUGUGCCGGGGGGGGGACGUGUAUCGACCUGGAGGACGGCUUUGAGUGUCUGUGCCCUCCACAGUGGGAGGGAAAGACCUGCCAGAUAGAUGCAAAUGAGUGUGCAGGAAAGCCCUGUGUGAACGCUAAUUCUUGCAAAAAUUUGAUUGGCGGAUAUCACUGCGACUGUUUUCAUGGAUGGUCCGGACAGAACUGUGACAUCAACACCAGCGGCUGCCACGGUCAGUGCCAGAAUGGAGCGACGUGCAAGGAGGACCAGAGGGGUCACCACUGCCAGUGUCCUCCGGGCUUUGUGGGCUCUCGCUGUGAAAUCCGGAGGAACAAGUGUGACGGCAGACCUUGCCAGAAUGGCGGCCAGUGCCACGCGGUGCUGGAUGGCUUUGUGUGUCAAUGCCCGCCGCAGUUUGCUGGACAGCUGUGUGAGAUCAAUGGCUGGACCCCCUCAGACGCUUGUGAUCCAAACCCUUGUGAGAACGAGGCCGAGUGCUACAGCAUGGACGAGGACUUCUACUGCGCGUGUCCCGAAGGCUUCCAGGGGAAGACGUGUGAGCGGCUCAAGGAGAGCUGCCAAACCGCCCCGUGUCAAGUGAUUGACAGCUGCACUAUUGCCGUGGCGACCAACGACAGCGCUGGAGUGCGGCACAUCUCCUCCAACGUCUGUGGUCCGCGGGGACGCUGCAUCAGCCAGCCGGAGGGCAACUUCACCUGCGUGUGCGAUCUGGGUUUCAGUGGCAUCUACUGUCACGAGAAUAUUAACGACUGCACCGACAACCUCUGUGGGAACGGAGGGACCUGCAUUGAUGGCGUCAACUCCUUCCAGUGCUUCUGUCCUGAUGGCUGGGAGGGUCAACUCUGCGACCUCAAUGUCAACGAGUGCCGACACAACCCGUGUAAGAACGCCGGCCGCUGCGUCGACCUGGUGAACGACUUCCACUGCGAGUGUGCCGACGGCUGGAAGGGCAAGACCUGCCAUUCCCGCGAGAGUCAGUGUGACGAGACCACCUGCAGCAACGGAGGCACCUGCUACGACCACGGGGACGCCUUCCGCUGUGCCUGCCCACCCGGCUGGGGAGGGAACGCCUGCAACACAGCCAGGAACAGCACAUGUGCCUCAGGCCCUUGUUCCAACGGUGGAACCUGUGUGGGAGGAGGAGACACCUUCACCUGCACCUGCAAAGAGGGCUGGGAAGGCCCCACCUGUGGCCAAAAUAUAAACGACUGCAACCCUCAUCCAUGUUACAAUGGCGGCAUCUGUGUGGAUGGAGUCAACUGGUUUCGGUGCGAGUGCGCGCCGGGAUUCGCCGGACCAGACUGCCGAAUCAACAUCAACGAGUGCCAGUCGUCACCUUGUGCCUACGGUGCCACCUGCGUGGACGAGAUCUACGGCUUUCGCUGCGUCUGUCCGCUCGGCAGAACAGGAGCCCGAUGCCAACAAUUUAUAGGUUUUGGGAGGACGUGCCACCACGCUGGGCUGCAGUUCCCCCACGGCAGCCAGUGGGAGGAAGAGUGCAACAGCUGCCAUUGCAUCAAUGGCAAAGCGGACUGCACCAAGGUGCUGUGUGGCCGCCGUCCCUGCAUGCUUCAGUCUUCAGGCCCGGACCCGACGCCGCAGACCUGCCCGGCUGGACAAGAGUGUCUGGAGCACCGCUACCUGACGUGUUUCUCCCCCCCUUGCCAACAGUGGGGGGUUUGUUCCGUGGCCGGACCCUCCUCUCCACAAGCAAGCACCAAGUGCCAGCCGAACACCGGGCAUUUGGACAACAGCUGUGGCCGCGUAACACUUGUCUUCAACAGAAACAAAGUUCCACCAGGAACAACAGUGCAGAACAUCUGCUAUGAGCUGAGGUAUCUUCCGGACACCCGAAGCUUGGCUAAAGACCACGCCCUUCUGCUUUUGUGUGCCCUCUCUCAUUCCAACCAGGAUGCUGUAGAAGUGGCUAUUUCUUUCCAGCCGGAGGACCUACCGGACCACAGUCUGAUCCAGCAGGCGGCCAGCGCCAUCGUCGGCACCUUGUCCAAGCGACACAACAGUACCGUGAUGUUGGCAGUCAUCGAGGUCAAAGUGGAAACACAGGUCAUGCCCCCCUCCGUAGUAGAUUACCAGGUGCCUCUGCUCUGCGUGGUGUUCUGUUUGCUCUGCCUCUUCUGCAUCAUCGUCUGUGUUUGGUGGACGCGCAAGCGGAGAAAAGAGCGCGAGAGGGACUCCCGGCCGGCCGCCGACGACAACGUGAACAACCAGUGGCAGCCGCUUAGGCUCGUGGUGGGACGUCAGCAGCAGCAGCAGCAGCAGCUGCUCAAAGAAAGCAACAGGGACGCCGAGCAGGAGCGCAAGAAGCUCAUGGGCCCCUCCUAUCGGACGUGUGACGAGGAGGACGAGGAGGAGGAGGAGGAGGAGACGGAAGGCGAGCUUGAGCUCGAGGACGAGUGCGGCGGAGCCGAGGCGGGAAAGCAGCAGGUUUAUAAGUACUCCAAGGCGGCGGUGCAGUCCAGCGGGGGCGUGAUCUGUACCAUGCACAGCUCCAGUUCGCCCCUCAAAGCCCCCCACCGGACCCCAGGCUACAGCCCCAAAGACAACCGCUGGAAAAAUGGCCUCCGAGACCAUUGUGUAUGAGGGGGUGACACGGCGAGAGACGCUGCGAAGAAGCAACUAUUCUUAUUUUUGGACUACUUUUUGGGAAGAGUAAGUGGCUUUGUGUUUUAAGAAGCCGUUCUUUGCUUUGUUUUCAUGUUUUUGUCACAGUCGCCCUGAAAAGCUUUUGUAUUCAGGAGGCUGGAGCCCAGUGAACAUCCUUUGUUUUUUUUUUUGCUUCAGUGUUCACUUAUUUUUCUUUAAUGUACAGAAGGGGCUGAAAUGUAAGAAAACAUUCAAGAGGCUAUGGAAGCUCCCUGCAAUUUUUGUUAAAUGUACUUGUACCAUUUAAGAAACGAUGAAUCAGAAAAAGUAGGAGGGGGGAAAAAAAAAAAAAACCUGUAUAAAGAUUUUUUUUUGUUUACAGAUGUUUAGGAUUUUGUUAAAUUUGUCAGUGGGCUCCUGUUCAAUGUCUAAA